AUGGAGAACGUAAACCAAACAUUGGCAAGUACCUUUAUCCUUUUAGGUCUUUCUAAUGCUCCAAGAUUGCAGCUCAUGUUGUUUAUGUUGUUCUUUAUGAUGUACAUCGCAACAUUAUCUGGUAAUCUUCUACUGGUCAUUGUGGUGAGACUUAAUACUCAUCUCCAGACACCAAUGUACUUCUUCCUCAGUAACCUUGCAAUUAUUGAUAUUUGCUUUUCCACCACAAUUGUCCCAAAAAUUCUUGCAAAUACAAUAUCCCAUAAUGGGGAGAUUUCUUUUUUGGGAUGUGCAGCACAAAUGUAUUUCCAUUUGGCUCUAGGGGCUACAGAAUGUUUAAUAUUGGCUGCCAUGGCCUACGAUCGAUACAUUGCUAUAUGUAAGCCUUUGCAAUAUAACAAUAUCAUAGACAAAAAACGUUGCCUAUUUUUGGCAGCUGGUUCAUGGACUGUGAGCUUUUUGAACUCUAUGAUACAUGCAGUCUUUACCUUCCAGUUACCUUAUUGUAAGUCCAACCAAGUAAACCACUUUUUCUGUGAGAUGCCACCGCUCUUCCUUCUUUCAUGUACAGAUACAUUGUUAAAUGAAAUUGCUGUAUACAUCUCUGGUGGACUUAUAGCCCUUUGUUCAUUCUUAUUGACACUCUUAUCCUAUAUUCAUAUAAUUUGUGCUAUACUAAAUAUCCACAGCAUGAGUAGAAGAAAAAAGGCUUUCUCUACAUGUGCAUCCCACCUUACCGUAGUCUCCCUUUACUACGGAACCAUUAUGUUUAUGUAUUUGCGCCCAAGAUCAAGUUACUCUCCAAACCGGGAUAGAGUGAUUUCCAUCUUUUAUACUGUAGUUACUCCAAUGUUGAAUCCUGUCAUUUACAGUAUAAGAAAUAAAGACAUCACUGGAACCAUCAGAAAGACUAUAAGCACUAUAUCAUAUUACUGA